AUGGCACCAACAACAUUGCAACACCGCCGCACGCAUAACCUGCUGUUGAUCUCCAAGUUGUUAUCACAGCGCGAGAACGUGUCACCUUUCACCCUGAUCGUGGACAGUUUGGAACAAUCUGGAAAGCCUGUACUCAGAGAAUAUAUUCGACGGGCUACAACCGAAGUCAUCUUUGUGUCGUUCGAGACUCUGAAGAAACCGAAAGAUGUUGGUGUNUUUGUCAAGGCGUGGGAAAGUGGCGUGCAGCAGGCUCAAAAAGAAGUUGGUGCAUUGAUUGCAAAGGCUACUCAGACACAACAACGCAAGCUAUUGAUCAUCGACAACCUAAACACAUUGGCCUCGGACCCAUCAACAGCGGCAAACCUUCCGGCACUUCUAUCCUCCUUUCUCUCACCCACAGUAUCACUGGUUGCGGUUUACCAUGCUGAUAUCCCUAUUCCACCGAGCAUAUCCUCAGCUUCACCUUACACGCCUCAACCACUAACAGUACUCAAGUACCUGGCUACUACUAUACUAACCACACACGCACUCAACCACGUCCUUGCUGCAAAAGCAGCUCGCGAACGUAGCGUCGCUGAACCUGUCUUUGGUCUGGCUGAGGAGACCGAAGGCGUACUCCUUGGUCUCGGUGGUAACUCGACCUCAGGUCUGGUGCUCGAGAUGGAGUACCGGCGCAAGUCUGGACGUGGUGUGCGAGAGUGGUAUUUCCUACCUCAUCCUGCAUUGCAGAAGCAAGAAGCCGUUGGAUUGAAGAACAGAUUCAGUGAGACUGUCCUGUUAUUGGAAGAUCAUGUGCUGUAUCGCAGACCUGCUGAGGAGAAAGAGCAGGCUGGAGAUGAUAUGGAUGUUACGUUUGAGCUGGGUCUCACGGAUAGGCAGAGGCAGGCUAGAGANGGGGUUGUGUUGCCAUACUUCGAUGCACAGAAGGGUGGUGGCGAAGGUGGCAGGAUUCUGUAUGAUAUGGGUGAGGAAGAUGACUUCGAUGAGGAAGAAGAUGAGAUCUAG